CAAACGCUGUCGGUCAUACUGUUCCUCUGUAUUCCUAGCAAACCCAAUCUCCAAUCUUAAACUCUUCUGUUCGUUUGGGAAUCCAUCCAACAAUGGCCGCACCGGCGUCAUCGUCAGCGGUCACGAGCCUGAUGCUGGCGAUCCACGAGAAGAAAACCAACUCUGUUGAGAUCUAUCGUCCCCUCCGUCAAUUCAUCGCACUCAACUACUCGGAACGCGAAGCUCAGAACCUCGAAGAUGACCUCCAAUCUGUGAAGCAUAUGAGGUCUGACCUCGAACGCUCCGCCGACUCUCCCGACGUUCGCCGUGACCUCCUUCAGAAAUACUUCAAGGCUUUAUCCGUUAUGGAGUCUCGUUUCCCAAUUUCUCCCGAUAAAGAACACAUCAAUACCAUCACUUUCACCUGGUUUGAUGCCUUCAAGAAUAAAAACAAGGCAUCGCAGCAGAACAUCCAUUUGGAGAAGGCAGCUGUGCUUUUUAAUCUUGGUGCUGUCCACAGCCAAAUCGCUCUUUCUGCUGAUCGAUCUACUGCCAGUGGUCGUAUCCAGGCUUCUCACUCCUUUAUGGCAUCGGCUGGGGCGUUUGCAUUCCUCAGGGAUAACGCGUCAAUGAAAGCUUCGAUUGGGCAGUCGACCCUAGAUAUCUCUGCUGAGUGCGCUGGAAUGCUUGAGAGGCUCAUGCUUGCUCAAGCCCAGGAGUGCAUCUUUGAAAAGGUUGUCACGGAAGGCAAAUCACCUGGUCUUUGCGCCAAGAUUUCCAGGCAGGUUGGAAUAUACUACGAGGAAGCUUUUGCAGCUUUAAAUGUUGCUCCUUUGAACCAGCAUUUCGACCGUGCUUGGAUAUCACAUGUACAGCUGAAGGUUGCUCACUUCUAUGCGGAAGCUUGCUAUCGGUAUGGUUUGGAAUUGCAUGAGAAAGAAGAGAUUGGUGAGGAAAUUGCACGGUUAAAGACUGGGAUUAGUGCAUUGGCUGAUGCCAAGAAAUCUACUAAAGGAGUUGCAGCACAACUUAUAGACACAGUUAAUCGGUUAGAGGCCGAUAUGAAUCGCAAUCUUGAGAGGGCUAUGAAGGAAAAUGAUCGAGUUUAUCUAAUGAGGGUUCCUGGAGCUAAUACUUUAUCGCCUCUUCCAGUUGCUUCGCUGGUCAAGUCCACACCAAUGACUGAUGUCUUGGAUGCGAGCAAAGAAAAGUUGUUUGCAAGUCUUGUUCCUGACAGCAGUGCAAAGGCCCUAUCAAGGUAUACUGAAAUGGUUGAUGACAUCAUUCGGACUCAAGCUGAGAAAUUGCAACAAGGGAGUGAAAUAGCCAGAGUGAGGCUGAAGGAAAUGGACUUGCCUGAAUCCAUUCUUGCAUUGGAAGGGAAUUUUACUCUACCAAUGGAUCUUAAAGAAGAUGUUGAGGCAGUUCAGAUCAGUGGGGGACCAUCUGGUUUGGAAGCUGAGUUGCAACAACUUAGGGAUUUGAGAAGGGUGAACCAUGAAUUGCUGGUCCAGACUGAAGAGAUGUUGCAGAAGGAAGCAGGGGAAGAUGCUCAAUUUCGGAGUCAGUUUGGGACACGAUGGACUCGACCUCAGUCCAGCACUCUAACAAAAAACUUGCAGGACCGCCUGAACAGAUUUGCUGGAAACCUUAAGCAAGCUGCAGAAAGUGAUUCGCGGAUUGAACGUACAGUGAGGGAUCAUUCAGCCCUUAUGUCAAUCCUUGACCGACGGCCGAUAGAAUCUGCCCUUCCGACUCUGGCGAGGCCAAUAAUGUCUUUGGAUGCCACUGAAGACGCCAUUGUGGGAUCCCUGAAGCAGAGCUUGAGGCAAUUGGAGACUCUAGGUGCACAAAGGGCUGGUCUUGAAGACAUGCUUAAAGAGAUGAAAAGGAAGGAUGAGAUCCUGCCCAAAUUGAUGACAUCUACUGGCUCAUAUGAGGACCUUUUCAGGAAGGAGAUAGCAAAAUAUGAUCAUAUUUGUGAGGAAAUUGCUCAGAAUAUUGAGGCACAAGAACAAUUAUUGAUGCAGAUCCAGGCUCAAAAUGAUGAUUUUGCUGCUGUUUUUAAUCUUGAAGACUACAAAGCAUCUCGUGAGAAUUGCUAUAAACAGAUUUCAGCUGCCAUAGCAAAGUACCGAGAAAUCAAGGAGAACAUUAAUGAGGGACUGAAGUUCUAUGUCACUCUUCAGGAUGCUAUCACCAAUGUAAAGCAGCAGUGCAGUGACUUUGUGAUGACAAGAAACAUCCAAUGCCGAGAAAUGAGUGAAGAUGUGCAGAGGCAAAUGGCAGGUCUCAACUUCCGGGACAGGGGUGCCAGUGGGUAUAACAGUAACUACCGUUCAGUUGGGCAACCACACCAAACUCAGAGAACUGCUUCUCCACAGCAGCCAGAUCCUCAGGGCUCGCCACAUCCUUCCCGUCCCCAGACCCCUUACUACCGGCCAGAAGAGCAGCCUCCAGUAGCUGGAUAUGGUCAGACGCAUCUGCCAUAUUCCUCUCCGCAGCAGCAACUGCCACCAGGCCCACCACCACCUUACCAUGUUCCAACUGCCGGUAGUCCUUACCCUCCCCAGCCUCAGCAACGGCCGGCUGAGUAUGGGCAACCUGCUUAUCCUGGUUGGCGAGGCCCAUACUACAACGCCCAAUCACAGCAUCCUGGGUCACAUCCUCCACCUCCUUAUACCAUUCCACCUAGUACUUAUCCUCCUCAUCAAAGUGGCUACUACAAGCACCAAUAGUGUAGCAUUUGAUUUGAUUGUUUGCUGCGUGAUUAAAUUCCUUCCAUUCCUUAUUUCGCCAUAUCAGUGUCAACAUGGCUGUUAUAGCUACCUACCUGGACUCUCAAGCUCGAAUGUACAUGCUGCACUGCCAGAUCUUUAAUAAUGCUAUAUGUAUAGAUGUUGUUUUAGAAAUAUUUUGUACCUUCUGAAUGA